CUGUCAAAUAUUUAUUUUCUUGUCUGGUCAUUCUAAGACUCCAAAUAUUUCUAAGUUUUGGUGAUUGGCCAUAAUAGUCCAGUUCAGUAAUCAAGAAAUGACAACUAUGCACUUCGUUUACGGAAUAGCUCUGGGUAACGCUCGACGAGCACGACGUAUGUAUGGUGAUCGAUUUCCACAACGCCCGCUGCCUAAUAUACAGGUACAAACUUUCAUCAACAUUCACGCCCGGCUAUGUGAAGCAUGCAGUUUCAAGAGAUACACACAUGUUGCAGGAAGACCCACAAGUGUAAGAACCAUCCAAAUCGAAGAAGCUGUGCUUAAUAAAAUUGAAGAGGACCCUACAACAAGUGUAUAAAUAGUGAGUGUAUGGGCAUCAAAGAAACAAAGUGGUUGGCGGGUGCGGUUCCAGGAGUUCGAAUGGUGGAUCAACCUGGAUUUACGCUAAAGCGAUAUCCGCAAAAGAUUGGACUUUCCUGUUCAGCGGUCACAUCUACGAUGUGAGGAAAUAUGGU